AAUCACCUUGUUAUGGCAAAACUGAACCACUCAAGGCUUCGGGUGACGAAGGAGAUGAUUUGAGUGAUGAGGACCUUGAUGGUGCACCCAUUGAACAAAUGGGCAUGGUCAUAGAUUGGCUUCAACGUGAACGUGUGAGGCUUAUACAAAAACGCCAAGCUAGGCAAGCUGAGGGCAUACCAUUAGUAAGGAAAAGGAAGCGGGGAGACAACGAUUCCCAAAGACAUUCAAGGAGGACAAACGUUGAGGGUGACAAAACCUUCAGGGCGCAGACACUAUCACUUGAGUGGAGUCGAGGCUUAGGUGGCCCGAACUCGAGGUCAAAAGGUCCGAGGGUACCUAAGUGCAACAAUUGCAAGAAACACCACUCGGGUAAGUGUCAGGACCCUCCCAGGUGCUAUCAAUGCACAGAGGUCGGGCACACGAGAGUGAGUUGCCCACAAAUUGUGCAAAACCAAACUUCGGGGUCAAGUGGUGGAACUACAAGAAAUGAAAACCAAACCGAGGUUUCUCAAGGGAGCAGGGGACAUGGGGGAGCAAGCACGAGCAACGCGCCAUCCGUGAACCAAGGAAGGACCCAAGCUAGGGUCUAUGCGAUGACGGAGGCGGAUGCUCAAGCUAACCUGGAUUCCGUUGAAGGUUGAGGCUAGAGCUUGCUUCCUGUGCUCGUUGCUCGAGAGAUCAUCUAGGAGGGAAGAUUUGGUUCGUGCUUCCUCCAUUCGUUUUUUAAACAUUAAUAAACAUGCUCAUGGAUAUUUUACUUUAGAGCCUGCGUGCUCAUGAAUAGCCCUGUGUGGCCCUUUGUUUUAAACAAUGUUUUCCGCUGCGUUAUGAAUUACUUAUUAUGUUUGUUUAUGGAUGGCUUACGUGUGAAUGAUAUUCGGGACGCCUUGUAUAAUAUGAAUGUGUUGGACUGCGGUUGACCAUUCGUAUUGUACGGCGGGUUGUUGACGUGUCCGGGGAGGUCCGGGGCGUGACACCACAUGUGCACCGUGCACAUUUUAGCAUUGGAGAUGCUCUUAGUGACUACAAUGGUACAUGCUCAAAAUUUACAUCGUAGUUACUAAAUAUAAAUUACUGUGAUUUAAAUUUUGAAUAUAAUUAUAGUCACAAAUAAUUACUAAAA